AUGUUCUCUGUAUCUCGCUCUCGUUUGGCCCCAUCAGCAUUAUUGUUCCUUUUACUUCUGCUUUGCAGCUGUGGGGUUCACGCCGCGUACUCAGAGACGUUGGCGAAGUCUGCGCUGUUGUACUCAAAGGUCACGUAUUGCUAUGUUCCACAAAUUGGCAACUGGAGCUGUAUUGCCUGUGAAAAGCCUCCCAAGUUAAAGGUCGUGAAGCUAUUUACGAACACGACGUACGGUACUUUGGCGUACAUGGGUGUCGACGAAAAAGAGCGCGUUGUGAUAAGUUUCCGUGGCUCCCUGAAUAUAAUCAACUGGUUGGCUGAUCUUGACAUGUGGCCCGUCCCUUACCAGAAACCCAGUUGUUGGGGUUGCAUUGUACAUCGUGGGUUUUACAAUUCUUUCUUAUCACUGCGUGAUGAGAUGUGGAAGGAGUUGCUGAAGCUGAUUACUGAAUCCCCUAACCGCAGCCUCAAAGUCCUCAUCACCGGCCACAGUCUUGGUGGCGCCAUGGCGGUGCUUGCGGCGGCGGACUUCGCGUCACAGGGGUACCCCGACGUUAUGCAUCCGCCAAAGUUCGAACUGUACACGUUCGGUGCCCCGCGCGUGGGAAACAAUGCGUUCGCAUCGUGGGUGUCCGCGCUGUUCUGCCGCGGCAGACACAAGUCGUACCGCAUCACAAACAAUCAGGAUGUGGUACCCCAUCUUCCACCAAUGUUUUCUGGUUUUGAACACACUGGAGGGGAGGUUUGGUACAAUAGUGACGGUGUAGACAAAUACAGGAACUGCAGUGAUGUGAAGGGAAAUGUAUGUACCUUGAAACGUGUGGAGGAGGACUCCAAGUGCAGCAACAGAAUUGGUAUGAUUUCUGUGAUGGACCAUAUGAAAUACAUGGGUGAGCAUGUCUUGUGCUUCAACGAAACCAUGGAAGCUGAAAGUAAACAGAAGUCGAUGGAGAUCCCGCUAAAGGUGAAGACGAUGGUGACGGAAGACCAAGAGUACCAAAAAAAUUCAACACUUCUCAAACGAAAGUAG